UAAUCUGCGCGGAUGAAUUGCUUGUUAUUUUAGAAGCCUGGUUUCAUGAAUUACGAACCCUUCGCGGAGGAGCUGCUGAGAAGAUUCGGGGCGAGCGCUGCAUCAGUCUCAUCAUCAGCUGGGUGCGGAUCCAGGCCUUUGUCCCGACGCCCUUGCCGUGAAAGCGGUUGGCAGGCAGCGCAAGUGAUGGACUCGAUUGUCUUACGAUCUGAAAUGCAAGUGGCUCUCGCUCGCACGCACGCUCUGGGACAUAGCCUUCCCCUUUCGAUCGUGUGUCACGCUGCCCUUCAAGGCUUGCUGGCUAGGAUCAUUAUCAUCAGGCAUCAUCAUCAUCCGCUCCCUGCUUCCAUCCGAUUGCCAGAUGCGUGCAAGACAAGAUGAAGAAGAAGAAGCUGCAUGAGGCAGCUUAGUUUGUCAGGUGCCGCAUCGUAGGUUUCGGUCCUCAUGCACGUUUUGUAGGUGUUGCCCGUGUGCUGGAUAUUGAAGCGUGUCAAUGGUUCGCCAAGUUGGGAUUGACCUUUUGGUUCUAGCAGGAGAGGAAUUCACUUGCUUCGUACUUUUCAGAUUGUUGGGUCGAAGCGUUUGCAUCGUAUGGAAGUGGAUGGAGGACUUGUGGGAGAACCGUUAGUCUUUUUCCUAGGUCGGAGUGGGCGAAUGGUUUCUUUUGGGCAGAGUGGUCUUUAUAGAGUUAACAACCGGACCUAGUUAUUGUCUUUGAGCAGGUGUUCCGAAGAGGAAAAGGUGGCAACUUUCAUCAGAAUACUUGCUCAUUAACUGAUGAAUUCGUAUGUAUUUAGAGGAGAAUGUUCAGUGAUCAACAACUAUCUCACCUCAAUGGUUUUAGAACCAUAAUCAUGUCUGCUGAGUGGGUUAGAUGGGAGACAGAUUGGAUGUAAUUGAGUGAGGUUAUUCAACGUUACUGAAGGGUAUUUGUGUUUCAACAAGCCACACAGAUACUGGGUGACAUUUUUAGUUGUACUUUAUCCAUUUUUUUUGAUGGCAAGGAGUGAAAAUUUAGUUCAUAAGAAGAUACGUGAAGUACGUAUAUGCCGAGCUUCAACGAUAGCUGAGAUGAACAUUGCGGGAGAUAGUUGGAACUCAUUGCAAGAUGCUCAAAAGACAUUUCACGGGUCUAGAAUUCUUUCAUGGUCGUUCAUUCACCUCUCAUUUGAAUGGUCAAGGGCUAACUUCGUAGGCUACAUGGUGUGUUGGUGACCACAGGAGUUCUGCAGCAAGGUAUUGCUUGAUGGUUUACACCAGGAAUACUACAAUACUGUCUGGCACGUACAGUCUACUACAGAACAGGAAGUAGUACCGAAUCACAAUGUCGGGAGGAUGUGCUAGCCUCGAGGUGCACGCCCAGAUGCAACCCCUCCUCAGUAGCCAGCAAUAAGUUUAGGAGAGCAACCUGACAAUCAGGUACCAACAAGUCUGAAGGAUACCAAUCAUCUGUCGUGUGGUGACGAUUGAGAACUUUUUGAAGUUUGAGCUCUUACGUGUUAACGUGACUUGAUAUAUUCUUUGAAAGCUCUUUGGCUGUUUUAGUUGAAAUAUAUCCAAGUCUCACUGGGUCUUUUUAGGCGAGUCUCUAGGGAACCAUCGAUUCCAAACUGCUGUGGAUCGGUCACCCACAAUAUUACGAGUGGAAGAUGUUAGGCUUGGACGAUCGAAACCUUUUUAAACAUUACUCUGAUUACAGGUCCGUUUAAUUGUUAUCAGAGGACUUACUGGGAGCUGGAAGGGGUUUCUGGAAACGAGUAACUUUAUCUCUAACUAUAUCCGUUCCAUUGCACUCUGUGAACCAGACUCCCUCGAUACACCAUCGUUCGUCGCUCCUCUAAUGUGAUUUCAAAUACUCUUCAGCCUUCGUCCUCGUAAGUGGAGAUCACUCGGGAGUUAUGUUUACGAAGUUUCGUUGAUAAAAACUGUGUGCGCAUGUGCAGUUUAAUGGUAGAUUUAAGAUCUGAUCACAGGAUCACCUCACAGCAGUAUAGAGUCACUAGCAUUUUCCAACUGGUGAAUUUGUCUCCAGUAGUAAACAUCUGUAGUAGGCGUUGCUGCAAUAGCUUGUAAAGUGCACCUUCGGAGAAUCGGCACAGAAUCAAACAAAAACAGCUAUACUACGGCUCAACUAUUCCGCACAGAGUCUGUGCAACCUCUGUAACGAUUCUUUUCUUUGAAAGAACUGCGCUGCACUAGAGACCUGAUAGCAACACUGUUCAGACAGAUGCACAAUGGCACUUCCGAAACUACAAUGAAGAGAUGGAGCGUCUUGAAGAGUAAGGACGAAGCCACUGAGUUCCUUCACCUUCAAGCUCAACCUCCGGAAAGUGCGAGCUUGUAGGCCCAGCCCAGCCACAGAAUUUGUGGCUGUCGGUCAACAGGUUUGUGGAAACGGCUCCAAUUGUUCAAUUGGGCCGAGACCGGAAGAAGGACAAGCAAAUGUUGACACAGAAAGCUGUUGCUCAGGUAGGCAGUGGAUUAUGCUGGAGUUUGGCGGGGUUUUACCUUCCGAGGAACCCUUGGGGCACCUGGAAUUAGUUGACGGAGAGCAUGAAGGUAGGGACAGAAAUUGAGAGAGCAGCUGAGUACCGAAGCAACGACUCCGGCCGACUGCCUCAGCAAAUACUGGCGCUGUGCCGGUUGGAUCCUCAUAUGAGAUGCAAGGUGAAGAAGCGACAGAUGAACGAGGUGGAUGCUGGCCCGGGGGUUCCGGGUCCCCUGUGAGAGGUACCUCCAGUGAAGAUGGGAUACGAGGAUGCUCCACGGUCAUUGACAGUCCCGUCAAGAGUGGAACCACUUGCAUGAGUGCUCCGUCCACAUUGCAGGGUGGGAAGACUAGUAGCGACGGGAAAACGCGCCGGUAUGUCCGAACAAGUGCGCCUCGCUUGAAGUGGACGGAUGAACUUCACUAUUGUUUCAUGCGCGCUAUCGAGAUACUAGGUGGCCCUCAAAAAGCAACGCCAAAAGCCAUAUUGCAAGUGAUGAAUAUUAGAGGUCUUAAGAUAGCACAUAUCAAGAGUCAUCUUCAGAUGUUUAGAAAUCCUAAAAGCGGGAAAAGACACGGUUCUCAAUCAGAUUUCCAAAAGCCGAACUCUCAAAUGCAAGUCUCGAGCCAACAAGUUGACACUGAAGCGGAAGCUUCUUGGAGAUCGGUUGAGAGGGGAGCAACAAUUUUUGAGACUUCGACUGUGAGAGAGCAUUACGCAGACCGUUCUGCAACGGCGGAAUCGGCGUUUGCACAGUUCAAUCAAAUGGGCCGCUGUAGUACUAUUGCUGGUUCACUAUCCCCAACUAAGAGAGAAAGUUUAUCGAUUAGACCUGAAUCAAUAUCCAAAGAUUUUUCGUAUCCAAAUUAUUUCAACCAGCUGGAGACUCUGGACUACGACUCUGCUGAGCGUCUGGCACACAAUCUACUCAUGGCCAUGCGUGAGCGACGGCUUGUAGAAUCCGGUGCCGGGUGGAUCGACUCACUAAAGCCCCAGCAAUGCGACGGCCAGAAUGAGGCAACAGUGUCAGAGGUGCCGGUGGAGCUGACCAUGUCUCUUGGGCAACCGACGGCGGAGUCUGAUCCAGACAUGAGAACGGAACUUCUGACCCUGGAUCUCACAGAACAGCUAAACCGACCACAAUUGUAAUCGCUCCAAUCGAGUUGAAGGAGUGACAGAAGAAAACGGUGUAUAAAAAAACAGAAAGAAAGAAAAAAAGACAGAAAGAAGAAAACUUUUCCACUUUCAUGUGACAUAUGGAGUUCUAACCAAAUCACUGCCCGCAAAAAAUUAUAUUAGUAUCAGUAAUAGUGCUGCAAGUGAGCUCAUGUUUCGUUCAUGUGCAUAAGUUUCAGCAUUUAAAGUUCAUUUCGUAAUCAGAAACAUUUGAUGAGCUCGCCUUAAGUGAUGGUGAUCCUAUACUCAAUCGUAGACAUUUCUAUCCAAUGAUAAAAAAUGAUGUAUCCUAUUUAUAUAUACGUGCUUGCAUUGAAGUACAGCACUUGUGUUGCUCUGUGAAA